AUGUUUCGUGCCGGCAACACCAGCCUCGAAGACGAACCACAUUGCAGCCGUCCACCAAUACUUGAUAACGACUUAUUGAAGGCAACAGUCGAAGCUGAUCCACGCAAAACCACAGGAGAUAUUGCCAAGGAGCUCAGCGUCGAUCACACUACAGUUAUUCGCCAUUUAAAACAAAUUGGUAUGAGCAAAAAGCUUGACAAGUGUGUUCCACAUGAAUUGACCGAAAGUCAGAAAAAUCGCCGUUUUGAGAAAUCGUCAGCCCAACUUUUGCGCAAUGAAAACGAUCCAUUUCUCGAACGGAUUGUGACUUGCGAUGAGAAAUGGAUACAUUAUGAUAACAGGCGAUGA